AGAUAGAGACGAGAGAGGGAGAAAGAGAGAUAAAAAGCGAUGAAAGGGAAGAGUAGAGAAAGCUGCAGCAGCUCUACUCUUUCUCUCUCUCUCACUACCAGAUAGAUCUCUCUCUGUCUCUCUAAACCUUGACCCUCACCCACACGACACGACCCGUCGUCUCCUUUUCCCUCCCCCCAAACACCAGAAAAGAGGAACAAGAAUCUCUAUGGUUUCUCGGUUCUGAGCCUAACUCAUCCCGAGCUAUGGGCUGCUGUGUAUCAACGUUCCUCAAAGGACCAGACUCCUCGCACCACAAACAGACCGGCAACGGCCCUCCGCCGUCGUCCAACGGCGCGGCUUCCAUUGGCGUUGGAGCGGGAGGUGUGCCGGAUUUCGCGGAGUUCUCCCUCGCGGAGCUCAAGGCUGCCACUAAUAACUUCAGCGCUGAUUUCAUUGUCUCCGAGAGCGGCGAGAAGGCUCCAAAUGUUGUGUACAAAGGCCGGCUCCAGAACAAUAAUAAUCGCCGCUGGAUCGCCAUCAAGAAGUUUACCAAAUUGGCAUGGCCAGAUCCGAAACAGUUCGUCGAUGAAGCUUGGGGCGUCGGGAAACUAAGACACAAGAGGCUGGCGAAUUUGAUUGGGUAUUGUUGCGACGGUGAUGAGAGGUUGCUUGUGGCGGAGUAUAUGCCCAAUGAUAUCCUUGCAAAGCAUUUAUUUCACUGGGAGAACCAGACCAUUGAAUGGGCCAUGCGUUUAAGAGUUGCUAUGUAUAUAGCCGGAGCUCUAGAUUAUUGCAGUAGUGAAGGACGUCCAUUGUACCAUGAUUUGAAUGCAUAUAGAGUUCUGUUUGAUGAGAAUGGUGAUCCUCGACUUUCAUGUUUUGGCUUGAUGAAGAACAGUAGAGAUGGGAAAAGUUACAGCACAAAUCUUGCCUAUACGCCCCCUGAGUAUCUAAGACAUGGAAGGGUUACUCCUGAAAGUGUUAUCUUCAGCUUUGGAACUGUCCUUUUGGAUCUUCUUAGUGGAAAGCACAUUCCUCCAGGUCAUGCUCUUGAUAUGAUACGUGGCAAAAACAUUCUUCUGUUAAUGGAUUCUCAUCUAGAAGGAAACUUUUCGUCGGAAGAAGCAGCAGUGGUCUUUGAUCUUGCCUCCAGAUGUUUACAAUAUGAACCUAGGGAGCGACCAAAUACCCAAGAUCUUGUUGCCACACUUGCUCCACUGCAAAAUAAAUCAGAUGUUCCAUCUCAUGUGAUGCUUGGAAUUCCAAAGCUUGAGGAAGCACCUCCUACUCCACAACACCCCCUUUCUCCUAUGGGUGAUGCCUGUGCAAGGAUGGACCUCACAGCUAUCCACCAGAUUUUAGUAACGACACAUUACAGAGAUGAUGAAGGAACUAAUGAGCUAUCAUUCCAAGAGUGGACCCAACAAAUGAGAGAUAUGUUGGAGGCAAGAAAGCGUGGGGAUGUAGCCUUCCGUGACAAAGAUUUUAGAACUGCUAUAGACUGUUAUACACAGUUCAUUGAUGUAGGGACCAUGGUUUCUCCAACUGUAUAUGCACGGAGAAGUCUUUGUCAUCUUCUCUGUGACCAACCUGAUGCUGCACUCCGAGAUGCAAUGCAAGCACAAUGUGUAUACCCAGACUGGUCCACAGCAUUCUAUAUGCAAGCUGUUGCCCUUGCCAAGUUGGACAUGCACAAGGAUGCAGCUGAUAUGUUGAAUGAAGCCGCUGCCCUAGAAGAGAAAAGGCAACGAGGUGGAAAGUGAUUUUGACAAUCAACUCUGGUAAGUAAUUAAUUCUUUUCUAAUGUGAUUGUUGUAGUAAUUCACGUAUAAUUGGGUUUGUGGUGUCCAUCCAAAAUUGUACCAUAGAGGGAGGGAGACACUUGUUUUGCUCUUUCUGUUAUUAUUAUUUUUUCCCUUUGUGAUUUUGAUGAAAUAAGUAAUUGGUCCUCUUAUCCACGGAAGAAAGAAGAAUGAAAUGAAUGAAUCAAUCUUCCGUCUUCCAGUCGUAUGAUAUGACUGCUUUAACAAGAUGUAGGGCCUUUGAUGAAAUAAAGUAAUUUUUCUUUA